ACGGGCCCUCUUUUAUUUUUUUUCUUCUUCUUCCUCCAUCUUCCUCUCCUGCGUCCUCUCUCUCUUUCUCCCUCUCGGCUCAUUGGAACUUUUCCCCUCUGGCUGCCCUGCUGCCGACACGCGCCAUAUGGAUAGAGAGCUGGUGGGAAGUCCGACCAGUCGCCUGCAGGACACUGCUGAUCGUUGGCGGACGUGCUCAAAUCGGGCCUCCGUCACCGGCGACGGCAAGAUCGAUUUCCCGACGAUUCGGCCACCACCCAGUCAAAUUGAUGCUCCUUUCCACCAUUUUUGGACCUCCUGAGCUCAAUUUUGAAGUCCAUUCAGCUUAAUUCGCUACCGUUUAGGAGUUUCUUACCAUUUUGAGAAUCAGAUUGAUGAAAUCUUAUAAAAAAUGCACCACUGCUACUCUAAUGGCGUUGUUGAUACAGAGCACGAUGACCUUUAUACCAUUGCUUUUUGGUUUUGCUUGCUUAGGCAACAUGGUUAUUAUAUAUCAUGGGGUAGUAAUUCUCUCUGUCUCAGUGUGUCUAUGUCCAAAUAUAUUGCUUGGAGCAUACAGAUUCAUGACUCUAGCUUUUUUGAUUCACAUUGUGACAGAUGUAUUUAACAAGUUUAAGGACGGAGAAGGAAACUUUAAGGCAUCCUUAGCCAUUGAUGUGUCAGGCUUGCUAAGUUUGUAUGAGGCUGCACACCUUCGUAUACACGGGGAAGAAAUUCUUGAUGAAGCCAUAGCUUUCACUACCACUCAUCUUGAGUCAAUGGUGAGCAGUAUAAGCCCACACCUCUUGGAAAAGGUCACAUUUUCCCUGAACCGACCCAUCCGUAAAAACUUACCAAGGUUAGAGACAAGGCACUACGUUUCUCUCUAUCCCAAAGAAGAUUUCCACAAUGCAACUUUGUUGAAGUUGGCAGCGUUAGAUUUUAAUGUUUUACAAGCGUUGCAUCAACAGGAGGUGAGCAACAUUACAAGGUGGUGGAAAAAUUUGGACUUUCCAAGAAAGCUGCCUUAUGCAAGAGACAGAGUGGUAGAAUUGUACUUUUGGAUAUUAGGAGAGUACUUUGAACCCCAAUAUUCCCAUGCAAGAGAGUUGGCUACCAAAAUUAUGACUAUGGUAUCCGCAAUAGAUGAUACCUAUGAUGCUCAUGGAACAUAUGAAGAACUCAAGCUCUUUACGCAAGAAAUCAAAAGAUGGGAUAUUAGUGCCAUUGAUGUCCUUCCAGAUUAUAUGAAGUUUCUAUAUCAAGCAAUUUUAUAUAUUUACAGUGAUAUUGAGGAACACACUACAAAGGAAGGAAGAUCAUAUUGUGUACAUUAUGCAAAAGAGGCAAUGGAAGAGCUAGUCCAAGCCUAUUUCACUGAAGCCAGUUGGUUGCAUGAUGCGUACACCCCAACAUUUGAGGAAUACAUGUCAGUAGCGGCAGUGAGUGCUACUUAUUUUGUUAUCAUAACCUUUUCAUUUUUUGGGAUGGGUAAGAUUGCUACUAAAGAGGUGUUCGAUUGGGUCUGCAAUAAACCAAAUAUCAUCAAAGCUUCAUCAGUUAUUGGUAGACUAAUGAAUGACAUGGUGUCCCAUAAUUUUGAGUAAAAGAGAGGACACGUUGCUUCUGCUGUAGAAUGUUGCAUGAAACAACAUGGUAUUGAGGAAGAAGAGGCAAAUAAAAUGUUGGCUGUAGAAGUUGAAAAUGCUUGGAAAGAUAUAAAUCAGGAGUUGCUGAAGAAGCCAAAUACCAGAGGCAGUGUAGCAUUUGGUCUUCUGGAGCGGAUUUUGAAUCUGACAAGGGUGACAGAUGUUGUGUACAAAGAUGAUGAUUGUUAUACAAAUCCUCAUAAGCUCAAACACCAAAUUGAGUUAUUGCUUAAACAUCCCAUAGCAAUUCAUUGAAUAGGCUUUUUUUUUUAUAAUAUUACUAGUCUCGUGAGUAGUUAA